AUGACAUAUCUAAGAUCAACUAAAAUAUUAUUUUUAUUCAUAGUAAAAUUAACAAUUGUUAAUGUCAAAAUCCUCGUUGUUCCCGAACCAAACAUAGUGACAUGCAAUGAUCUUGUCCCUGGUGAAGAAAUCAAUGCAGUUGACACGACAAACCUCAAAGUGAUUCGAGUCAAUGACACUUAUUCAUUCUUCAACGGUUCUAUGAAGUUUUUGAUCGGAUUUGACAAAUUACCAGGAAGGAUUUUUUAUGAAAAAUAUCACCAAGGUGAAUGGUUAAUGUUUGGAUUUAGUGGACGAUAUGGCAACUUUUGCUUCACUUUUCAUGAUCGAACUCAACCAUUUUAUUAUUACAUGGAUCAUUUUCCAAAGUGUCCUGUUGAAAAAGGGACCGAAUGGACAUUCAAUAUGGUCCCAUUUACCUUAAUGGGACUUAAUAUGGAAUCGGUUAAUGCAAAUUCUUUUGGAAAAUGGCGUUUGAUCUUCAUUUAUGAGUACAGAAUUAAAGGAGCUACAAAACACAACUGCAGGAAAAUCAACUUUGAAAUGUUUGACACUGAAAAGCCUAAAAAGUCGUUUGGAAAUAACUUUAAACUUUGGGGUUACUGA